GUUGGUAUUCAGAAAAAUAUGAGGAAGAAGAUUUUUUUUUAAUACGCGUUUGACAAGGUUAUGUCAGUGAUCGUGUGGAGAUGAAAAACGGUUUAGUGCAUUAGACAAAAACGACUCUACAAGACCAAUGUCAUCAAACGCUAACCAUUUUUAUGCGCAAACGCGCAGUGAGACUAAACAUGACCCUGUUGAUGCUGAAUCGGAGGCAAAUGCAUUGUUGACAUUCGCAGACAUGGUUUUAGCACUGGACACGACGCACGAUACGUGCGAUUCAGAUCAUACGUAUGCUGGAUACGAAAGUGAAGAAAACGUUGCUCAACUUUUAGAAGCCGAAAUACUUAUUCAAAAAGAAAAAGACCAUCCAUAUGCCUUUUCUGGAAGGUGGAAAGGAAGGCCACCGAACUCGAGCAGAACAAAUCAACCAAGCACCUCAGUAUCAUUUGUAUCAAGACAGAGAAGUUCCUCAGAGGAAAAUCUGUUCCGGCCCACAGCAACAAUGCAGAGAGAAGCAAAUGGCACCGACGGCCUUACUGCACGUAAAUGUCAUUCAUAUGAGAAAGUUUCUAUGACUGAUACAUUCAAAUCUGCUAAAGGCGGCAUGUUUGUGCCAAACUUUGAGCACGAUAUAUUACAUGGAGCAAGAACAGUGUAUGGUGCAGCAAUUUCUACCUCAAAUAAUGAAGAAAUCGUGGACAUUCCUCUGUCCUGCUCAUUGCCAGUUGAAGACAGCAUAGUUACCAACACCGAGAAGCUAGCAAUGGAUGUCGACCCACCAGAAAAAGAUCAUACCUACGCGAGAGCUAAAAGUAAAAGUGAUAAAGCAAACAAACCUGUGAUAAACAAACAGUUCCACAUCAAGGAAAAGAAAGAUGCUGGACACAAAACUGAGGCAAAAAAAAAAGAAAACACGGAACCCUUUGUGUUGAUUUCAGAUCAUACUUAUCAUGAUAAAAUUGGUGCCAGUCCGUUCAUGCAGACAAAGUUUAAGCAUGCAAGACCAGCUAAAUCUGUGUUGGUUACAGCAGAAAUGGGUGAUAAACUACAAACCAGUGACCAUACUUAUUAUACAAGUUCAGGGCCAAAACGGACCCACCCACCAAGCACAGUUGGUCCAGUGAACAGUCAGUUGUCACCAUUACUGUUUGCCCCCAGGAAUGAUAGGAGUGACCACAACUACUCAACAACUGCAUAGACUAUUUUCACAUUACUUUUGAAUUGUCUACAUAUCAUUUUUUGAAGCAUUCUACAUACGUGUACUUCCCUGCCAGUGUCUUUCAGUGUAUGUCGUGUGGAUCCAGGUUGAAUGUUUCCAGUAAAAACCAAUAGAUCCUCAUCGAAAUGACAAAUUUAGAGUGUUUUUUAUAAUGAUGCCACCAAUGCAGUCAUUUCACAUGUAGGCUAACCUUUAAAAAUAUAUUGCUCUAACUUGGCUUGUUAAAUUUGCUUGAAUGAUUUUUCCCAGCUACAAUUUCAGGGUCAUACUUGGAGGAGGGGUUUAAGGGUCAUUCUUUCGUUUAGAAUUUUGUAGUAACAAUCUGUAGUAACUUUAAUUGUAUUGUGUGGGAAGAUGUCACAUCAUAAUAUUUCAUAAUGUGUGAAAAAUUAUACAUAUUUCCAUUGAAAUAACGAAAAUAUGAAUGUACAAAACUUAUUGUUAUUAUGUAAUUGUUUAUCACAUUUUGAGCAGUACAUAUUACUAUUAUGUUUUAUGGACCCAAGAAGUCCAAACAUAAAAAACAAAAAGUUUCAAAGGGAUGCGACUCUUGCUGCUGAUACCUUAAAGUGACUUGUUUGGCAGGUCCAAAUUGCUAUGUUGUUGUCAUGAUAUGUACUUAUAAAAGUUGUUAUGGUUUUGGGGUUCACACAUUAUGAUUCUGGUCUACUACAAGUAAUUACUACAAAAAUUGUCUGGGUCAUAAAUGUCUCCCAAUAGAUAUAUUCAUGAAUUAAUUUUUUUUUAUUGUAAAUAUUAGUAUAAAAAAAACCUGGAUAAUACUUUAAAUGCAAAAACGUGUUAUUAAAUGUCUGUCUGGUUAGAGCAAAGUAAAUUUGUUUGAAGGUUGACUCUGCAUGUGUUAAGAUUUGCAAAUCAGUUUUCUAUUUGCUACACUAGUUAACCAACAUUUAUUAUAGUUUUGUUUGCGUAUCCAGACUUGAAAUAAAUUAAGCUCACCUUUGUUACAUUUAGGUGAGCUACAAUCAUUGUCCAUUUAUUGUAUAACUGAUACAACUAUUUUAAAAACAAUAUUUUAUAUAAUCAAUUUUCUUGAUGGGUGAGUGUCUAUUUUUUAAUUUUAGGGAAUUUAAAUUUGGUUUCAUUAGGUUUAUUUAUGUAAUGUAUAUGAUCUGUGAUCUAUUGUGUAUUCAUUGCUUUACAUACAAUUUUCUUGAAUAUCUAAGGGUCUUUUUAUGCUCAAGAUAGUGUCUUGGUGUGACUGUUGAGCCAGCACUAGCUCUGCCACUCGCCAAAUUUUCCAAUUGCGAAUUUUCAGAACAAUUGGCAAAUUUUAUUUUAAUUUGGCGAAACCAAAUUGUGUAAUAAUUGUAUUUUGUUGGAAAACAGCUAUAGGUUUUGCAUUUUUUUAAGACAAUCUGGCGAAAUUUUCUGAUCACCCAGAGCUAGCCCUGUGAUUCUGUGAGCACCAGAAUUUUGUUGAUACUUUAUAUUCCAAGUACCUUUUAGCAAAUACACUCUGUUGAACUGUCAGGCUGUUUUAACAUUUCACAAUGCAAGUGAUCACGAAUAUAAGAAUUUACUUGUCUCCAUGUAAGAUUUGAAAAUGUGUUUAGGUAUACUAGACCAAUUUUUUGGUGAUUAUUCACUCAUAAAUAAAUAAAUUUCUUUUGACUAGAUGUGACAACUUUCUUAUUUCAAGCAAGAUUAUGUUUUUGCUACUAUCUCAAUGUUGCAUAAUGCUGGUAUCCUGACAAUAUAAUUAACUUUGAAAUAUUAACAUAAACAUUAUUUCUUCAAGUAUAUGCCCAUAAAAUAUUUACAACCAAAUAAAUAAUUUAAUUUAUUAGUUACGUAACUUAAUCCCCACCGUGCUCUAGAUCCCCUUCAUGCUAUUAAUUUAUUAGUGGAAAAAAGUUAAUCUACUAGUGGGGAAAAAACCCUUAACUUUUGUUGAAGAAUCUUUUAAAGGAUGACUGAUUGAGAUGGAUGUAUUCAAUAGAGACAAACACUCCGUGACAUUGGGCUAUGUCAGGUCGAUGUUGCCAACAUGUUUGCUGGCUUUGUGAUAAGGCAGGAACCUUGUUGUACUGAAGGUGACUAUUUACACAGCAUGCAAGGACAUUUCAACAUUCCCGGGGUAUUUCAGCAAAGAUUAUGUGUUGAAUCGAAUAAUUUGUAUUAAUUAAUUAAUCACAAUUAAAUGUAGAAAUUGCAAAAUAUUAAUAUAUUUCUACAGUAACUUGGAGAUAACACCCUUAAGUAGACCAGGUACCCUCUCUGAAUGGUUUCCCACUGACGCAUCCAAAACGCAUGGUCAUUUUUCAAUAAUCAUGUAACGUCCACUUGCUCCGAAAGGCCAUUAUUUAGGUUUAUAUAGGAAUAGAAAAUGCUUCUGUGUUGUUGGGACCUCUCCUCUAAAGUAGCAAAGGGGCUUGAGAUAAUAUAUUUUAUAAAGAAAAAGUCAGAAGCCUCCUUUAAAAGUCAUAUAUCACGCUUUCUAUAUAUGUAUAUAUAUAUAUAUAGACUGCUUUAGGGAAGUUUAUCUGUGUUUUCAUAGUAUUCCAAAAUAUUUCAGCAAAGGUAUUUGCUUUUGUGUCAAAAGAAAUACAGGUAUAUUCCAUUUUCCCUUUAAUUCUGAAAAUAGAGUGUGGCACAAGAGAUGGUGUUUGCUAUAUGUAGGUUAUACUGCACUUGAGCAGCACAAAUCAUGGUUGGUUUAUUGGUAAAGCAGAAUGUUUACAACAUUUUUAAUGAUAAAUUAUGUGCUCAACAUAUUAAUGUAGUUUACAUUGACAUAAUAUUGACAUCGAGUUGUUUUCCUCAUUUUUCUGUGUGAUAAUAUUUAGUUUUUUGUUUUUUCUCAAUGCUUUAAAUAUGUAGAAUAUGCUUCGUUUGAUUUUGUUUUAAAUAAAGAAAACAAUUUUAAAAAUGUAUUAUCAUAUGAUUUAAUUACGUGAAUACAGAGAAAUAGUUUUGAGUGGUGUUUGAUGUUGAAAAUGAAAUGUCUUUAGUUGAAGUUUUGGUCACAAAUGAUUGAUUUAUGUUCCCCUUUGUUACUCGGAGACAAAGUUACUUAAAAUGGUGAAUGUUAAAUUAUUAUUUUUUAUUUCAGGUACAUGCAAUUCGCAUAAAUGAAUGUUUUAUCAUGUGA